AUGUCACGUUCCAACUUUCAGCGUUCGCAGAGUAAAGUUUGGUUUGGUAAUGAGCCGCCCGCGAUCGGUGGAAUGAUGGCGAGUGGCGACCGCUUUCGAGCGUACGGUCCUCCGGCGAUGGCGUACUCGCACCCCACCGGUAUGCCGGGCCGCACACACUAUCCCGCAUUUCACGAUCUGGAAGAGGAAGACGAACUGAUCGAAGAGCAGCAGCAGCGGGUGGACCCAGUCACUAGUGGCGCCAAUGUUUGGGCCGAAGCUAACCGCCAGGGUAGCCCAGCGAGUCACAAAAGUCAGGACUCAGGAUUCUCCGAUACGGAAACGUCACCACCCUGCGGUGGUGGACCCGCGAGUAGUGCCAACGAGUCACAGGAAUCCCCCGAUAAGCUUACGCCAAAGAGAAGCAUCAACGACGAGCUGCUGUUCCAGCGUUCACCCUCCCUGAACAGUGAAGCACCGACACCACCGACGGUCAUCCGACGGCCGGCUCCAAUCCGCAGGGACGACAAACCCGACUCGGCUCCUGGAGGACGUCGGCUGUCGUACGAAGAGGUGCCGGCGGUCGGCUCGGAAAGUCCCCGCAGUGGCGGCAGCAUCUCGCUGAAGCGCGGUCGAGUGAUCACGCGAAACAGUCGCGUGAAGCGUAACCUCAACGAUCAGCUCAGCAACUCGAGCGAGGAGAUGAUAUCUCUCGAUAGUAGCGAAUUGUCGAACCUUCUCGGGGAAACGGUGGCGGAACCGGAAUCCCUGGACAGUGAGUCCGGCGCGUCGAAGAAAAUACUAAACACCAGCCGACAGUUGGAUGAACGAACGCGACCAGCGAGCGAUGCGAACUGCGAUCGGAGCAAAACCUUCCGGCGAGAAGGCCGGGAGUUACCGACCUAUUCGCAGCUGUAUCCGGCGGGAACGUCGACACCGAUCAAGCAUCAAUCGAAGCUGUACCGAUCGUUGCCCAUCUCCCCGACGCAACGAUCACCCGUUGCGCAGCCCGUUCGGGUAGGUGCUCCGGCCGGUAGUGCGAUAGAAAGCUACUACGACGAACCGGAUCACUCGAGUGCCAGCAGCAGCGAGCAUGCUCUCAGCUACACCAUCUACGAUAACCCGCUGUUGAACGGACACAUGCCGGCCGUUCAGGGCUGGCUCGAUGCACUCCGUUUCGGGUGCCAAAGUGAGGUGAUGUCGAUCCUGCAAACCAAAUCGAUCGCCGUCGAAGCGGGCCGUACGAUGCGGAUGACGUCGGGCGUGGCGCUGAAGAUUAUUCGGCAUCUGCAGGCAAAAGUGACCGCGCUGCAGGGGGCGUUCGAGCGGGUGGAGAAGCUGUUUGCGGCCAUCAAAAAAUACCAAUCGCAGCAGGAAGCCACCGCCGCCGAAGAAGGCGACGACGACGAUGAGAAGGAAAUCUACCAAAAAGUGGCCCCAUUCGUGCACGGUCUGGCCAGUGAUAUAUACGAGUUUGUCGCGAAGCAGAAGUGCAACGACUACAUUGGUCGCGAGCCGGCCGAAAAGGACGAUCGGAGGAAGUUCGUGGAAAACAGUCAGUCGUUGGUCGACAUGACGACCGAUCUGCGGAUAGCGGCCGCCAACGCGGAGGACUUUGACUAUCGCUCGGUCGAGGAGGAGGUGCAGAUCGUGAAGCGGUAUUUCCUCAUCACCGUGCGGUUGAUCUUCAAACACUUGGUCAAGGUGAUCGUUGACACGCUGGAGAGCACCAAGUGUGAUCUGAUCCUGCGCUCGAACCUCAGCUACGUGGCGACACUCUCGAACGUCGACUACAGUGGGUUGGCCUCGUUGAACGAUGCGUUCAUCUCCAACUACACGGCCCGUGCGUUGCUGCUGGUGUGCGUUGAGUCAAAGUUUUCCUCCAUUCGGGCACUGUCGUUGCGUGCCCUGGCCACCGUCUGUUCGACGACGGAAACGAUCCGGCAGCUGGAGCGGGCCGACGGGUUGGAGGUACUGAGGGACAUUCUGGUGACGGACGCGCGGUGCGGACGGACCGAGCGCACUGAACCCGAGCUCCGGGAGGCGGUUUCCGUGCUGACCCAGAUCACGGCCCCCUGGCACGGUGAUGAGCAUCGGUUAGAGGGCCUGAAGCAGCAUGUCCACUCGAUCGUCGAAGCUAUCACCGAGAUCAUCGAGAAGACGACCUGCUGUCAGACGCUGCUGCUGUGUGCCGCCUGCCUGAACAACAUGACGCGCAUCGAACCGACGGCCGUCUACUCGCUGAUGUCCCAGGACACGGUCAGCAAAUUGCAAACCGCCACCGAGCGCCGUGGCCCGGGCACGUCCAUCUUUCUCUACGAGCAGUUUACCGCGACCCUGUACAACAUGUCCGCCAACUGGAAGUGCCACCACCAUCUGGCGAACCGGGCCCUGGUCGGCUUCCUCGUGUCGGUGUUCAACCAGAAGUUCUUCGAAAAGCUUCCGAACCGAACGGAGUGCGAGGCCCAGCGCAAAGUCAUCAAACACAUCCUGCACGUUCUGUCGCGGCUGAUGGGCGGCGGUUCGCUGUCCGCCAGCUCGUCCUGCGAGCUCAUCGAGUCCACCAUCGUGCCCGUGUUUGCACGCAUCGAGCGCACGCUGGACGGUGCCAGUGAGCACUACCGUGACAUCUCGUACAUCAGCCGGCGGUUCAAUGAAAGUCUAUCUUCACGCCCGCCCAUCACCUCCGGCACGUCGCCUCCGGUGGAUGGAGCGGAGGCGAAGGCAGCGACGGGUGAGGUUCCUUCUCCACACAUCACCCGGCUCACCAUCCAGAGGGACUCGAACGGUGCUGCGGUCAUUACACUGGAUAAGAACCGACAGGAAAGCUACGUCUAAGCUUGAUGGGGCGAUAACUCGAUUGGCAGGUAAUGCUAACCUUGUUACCGGAUCAGGCCACCGUCGCAGACGCAGCGGCGCAGGUCGCACGGGGUGCACGGGUUGUCGAUUGAAUUAUUGCUCAACUCAGAUACCCAAAUGAACAAGUUACGUGGUGCUGCGUAGCACCACAAAAAGAGCUUACGCAUUACGCAGACAGGGGAGAAUGACAGUGAAACUAUUCUGGGAUCCUUGUGCCAUAAGUCCCGAGCAGGAGCAGUGGAACGAAACGAACGAACGAACGAAACUAUGAGAAAAUAUUUCUCUGCUCGGUUUUAUAAGUGUCUCAGCGAGAGGCAGUUGCACGAUCCGGGAACCGGUGGGGGAGGGUAACAUGGCGAGAAGUAGUGAUGUGCUGUGUGGCUGGGCCGGAUCCGUGCUCUAACCAAAGGACAGGACAGAGACGUGCGUGACGCCAAAUGAUCUGCUGCAUAUAUUUGUGCGUUUGCGGUUGUAAUUUAUUUCGUAGAGGGUAAUAGAAGUGCAGAA